AUUUCUUCAUGUCGUUAGUUAGCGAGAACCAGUUUUUGUCUUCGCCCAUCACUCUAUCCAGCGUCUUGGUAAGAUGUGACCAUGGACAGUGUGCCAGGACGAGAUUUCCCGUACCUCCAUCAUGAAGCAAACUUCUGCUCCUCCCCUGACCUGGAAGAGAGACCCACCUCCCUUACCUACCCUUACUUAUCCAACCCUGGCCAGUUCUCCAACCCUCAGCCAGCACCUGGUUUUCCGUAUCAGCGAUAUGAUGCCUCUCAGAAUCUAGACAGCCUCAGAUCUGCCACUAACCAUCCACACCCUCUUCUGUUUUCUGGAUCCCACACUCCAGAAGCUUCCAAAGAAGAACAGGCAGUUUCUCAGCUUGGCAACUUAGCAAGCAGCAAACUGGUCCCCAACAGUACUGGUGGCAUUGAUCUGAGUUCAACUUCACUUCAUUCUGCACAUCUAAAGCAUGGUGCCUUAGGUCCAGUGGGAGGAGUCCCCCACAGUUCUGUUACAGACAACCUGACAAAGGUCUCCUCCUGCUAUAGUCCUUACUUUGGAAGCUAUAACAAUCACCAGGAAAUCCAGCAAGCCACCUUAAACCAGCUGGCUGAAGGGCUGUCUUAUCUGCAACAAUCAAGGCAUUUUUCAGAGGAGGUUUUUCCACCUCAUCAGGGUGGAGAAAAUCUUCCAUAUGUUAUGGGAAGGACAGUUCAAGGUCACCUCAAAGAUGGAGGAAGCCUGGGGGGUUGUCAAGAGGCUGUUGAUAGCAUGGCAUCCAAGGACAAGAUCCUGUCCCCAUCCUUCUACAGAUUACAUGAAGAGAAUUUUACCAAACAGGGUGCUAACAAAGGUUUAACUGUUGAAAGAAAAUCCAUGGCUGCUAAAUUGUCUCACCUCAGAGGACAUAACACUCAAACUUCACAGCAAAGUAAAUCUAUGCCAAAUACCUUAAAUCUUAGUCAAGGAAGAUCUCCAAAUUGCAAAGUGAAAUUCAUAUUGAAAGGAAACCUAGCCAGACCAUAUCCAUUGUUGAUUAACAAUCCCAAACCUUUUGUGGAUUAUUCCUUUGAGCCUCUGUACCAGUGUGAUGCCACUCUGUAUGCUGAUGAUGUCUCCUUUAUGGACUCUGGUGUGCAGCACUUCUGGCCAUACCAUGACCCUAGAAGAAAACUUACCAGACCUACAAAUCACCAGGGGGAGUUUCCAUCUGCUUCCUACUGUGAGGGAGAAGAGGAGGACGUGUCAUCAAAUCCUCUGGACUUCCUACGAGAUUUUGUUCUGAAUGAAAAAGGACAGCUGAACAACAGUGAUCUUAAAAAACUCAAACAGAAGCUACAUCAGCCAUUUGCAAUAACAUCUCCGAGUUUUAAUAAAGCAACAGCACCAGCUGUCAUGACAACCACUGUGACAGAUAAUGCUACCAUGGUAACCAUAUCCAUUGCAAAUAAAAAGCAAGGAGCUCCUGCGAGAACUACCACAGUGGAUUCUGGGAUCCAGAAUGUAGUCCAAACUUCUAAUCAGAACAAAAAUUCUCCAGACAAGUCUAAAGUCUUACCCAAAGGUAGGAAAGAAGGGAAAGAAAACCAAAAUGAGCCUGUUGAACAAAAUUCAAAAUCUGACAAGGAAGAAAACAAAGACAGACUAGAAAUAAAUAUUAGGAUUGACGACUCUCAGUUAGUCCAAUGUGGUGAUCAGAAACGGUGGCAGUGUCACUUGUGUGAGAAGUCCUACACCACCAAACACAACCUUGUUACGCAUAUCCUGGAUCACAAUGGCAUCAAGCCUCAUUUGUGUAUGGUGUGUGGAAAAUAUUUCAAACAGUUGAGUCAUUUAAACACUCACAUGUUAACACAUGACAACGUCAAGCCUCAUGUGUGCUCCAUCUGUUCCAAAAGCUUUACUCAGGUUUCUCACUUAAAGAGACAUCAGGCAGUACAUCUAUCUGAGCAGCUUCCCCAUAGGUGUGACACUUGUGGAAUGGGAUUUGCUUUUCCUGAAGACCUUCAAAUCCACAAAGAGAAACAUGAAAAAGGAGAGGAAAAUCGGUGUUCUGAAUGCGGAGAGGAAUUUGAUAGUCAGAGGGCACUGAAACUUCACAUGGGCUACCACAGAAAUUUUCCAAACCUUGUUUGUAAAUACUGUAACAAAUAUUUUAGAUAUCCAAGUCAGCUGAAAGAUCAUCUUUUGUCUCACGAAGGAGCGAGACCUUAUAUAUGUUCUGAAUGUGGGAUGGAUUUCUAUAAAGAGCACCACUUGAAGGUUCAUGAGUACACACACAGCGGCAAGAAACCCUGGGAGUGUCCCCACUGUGGCCGCUGCUUCAAUCAGAAAGCCAACAUGCAGCGUCACUUACUGAUUCACAACGCUGAACGGAAAUAUAAAUGUGAGACUUGUGGGAAGACAUUUACACAGCCGCAGACUCUGAAAGCUCACAUGGUGGUGCACGCUGAAAAAAAACCAUUCGAAUGCCAGUUCUGUGGAAAACAGUUUGGCCGUCUUCAUAAUCUCCAGGGCCAUCUUCACAUGCACAACAAUUCCAAGCCCUACAUCUGUUUCUGUGGGAGCUCUUUUACACUUAGAGGAAAUCUUAACCGCCAUAAGAAGGUGAAGCAUGGAUUAAAUGAGAGCAUAGAAAGCACAGAAAACUUAGAAGAAGAAGCGGUAAGCUUUCUUAAUGAGCUCAGUGAUCGAACCAGGCCGGAGUCCGAGGCCACAGUGAGAGGACAGGAGGGGAAUCUCUCAGAGACAAUAAACUCUGAAACAGAUGACGAGAAAGAUUCUGAUCAGAGUAACUCGAGGACACCAAGAAAAGCCCGAAAAUCAAUUCCUCGCAAAUAUACUUACAAACGCAGAACACACCAAGAUGUUUCUGAAGAUAAUAAUUCAGAGGAGGAGAAGGACACGGAAAUAAACGAGGAUGAGGAGAAGAGCCCCGAAGAGAAGAAGAAACUCCGCGUGAAGAAGAGGAAGAAAUUUGAACCUGAGCGAGUGUAUGCCUCGGAUAACGAGGGAGAUGGAGACCAGUAUAACCCUGGUCAGGGCUCAGCCAGUAAAGCUGCUAGAAAGAGAAAAGCGUGACCUAAGAAUCUCCCAUAAAAGAUGUUGUAGAUGAGAAAUUGAUCUGUUUUAUUGGUUGUUAACUUAUAAGUCAUGGCUGGUCUAAAAUAGCAACAUUUACCUUAUUAUGAUUUUAUAAAGUACAUUGCAUUAAGUUAAUUAUGUCUCCAAUGUUAAUGUGUAUAGUGCAGUUGUUAAAGUGCAGUUGUUAAAAAUUUUUUUAAAAAAGGAACAUUGGGAAAAAAUCAAUGAUAUUAGGACUUUGCAAAGUUGUAUCAGAAGAUUGGAAAACAUGUUUAUUAUACUGUUAUUGGAUAUAAGUGUAUAUAUAUAUAUUGGAGUGCUAUUUUUAUUUUAUUUUUAUAAAGAAAAUUGUGACUGAAAAAAAGGUUUUUGUCAAGAUAAUUAAUUUUUGUUAAUGACUUUUGUUGUU